AUGAAAACCCUCAAAGAAAAACUGCUCCAGAAAGAAGACCUGAAUGUGGUGUUGGUGGACUGGGGCAGUGGGGCCCGAGACCUCUAUGGCCAGGCGGUACAAAACAUCCGCGUAGUAGGUCGAGUUGUCGCAAAGUUCGCCCAGUUCUUAAACACAGAGGCUGGUACUACAUUUGCAAACAUGCACCUGAUUGGAUUCAGUCUUGGGGCCCACAUUGCUGGAUAUGCGGGAGCUUACCAGCCUGGGAUUGGCAGAAUCAGUGGACUUGACCCGGCUGGACCCAACUUUAAUCUGAAUGAUCCUGCCUGCCGUCUCGAUCCAACAGACGCCCUCUUUGUUGACGUCAUCCACUCUGAUGCAGAACUUCUUGGUCUCGGUAUUGAAGAAGCAGUUGGUGAUGUAGACUUCUAUGUAAAUGGCGGGAAGGAGCAGCCAGGUUGUCCCGUUACAAUUCGUGACAUAUUUGAUGACAUAUCCGAGUUGAGCUGUAAUCAUUCCAGGGCAUGUGAACUCUACAUCGACAGUGUUGAUGAAACGCAGUGCGCCAUCACCGGGUUCCCUUGUAACAGUUGGGAAGAUUUCCUAGCCGGGAAAUGUAACGAUUGUGGUGCUCAAGAUUGCCCCAAAUUGGGUUACUCGGCCAAUUCGUCAUCACUAAAGGGCAAUAUCUACCUACAAACUGGAUCGCGGUCGCCUUUUUGUAAAUUCUAA